GCAUUUCAAACUAAUCAGUAUGAUGUUGCAAAGAGAGCCUGCAGAGAACUGUGGAUCCACUAUACAGACCCCGACCCUGGAGCCCACAGCACACAGGAAAGACUUGCCAUGACAGGGCUGCGUGUCCAGACCCUGCUACUGUCCUCUCCUCACCUGUGUCGGCUGUUCCUCACUUCCAUCUUCAUUGAGACGGAGAUAAACAUUCAGCAGGGAUCGCUAAAUUGUGACUCAUUUAGUGACAGUGGAACGUUUAUCUGGGAACAGGAAGCCCGACUGGCAGAGUGCGAGCGGAUGCUGGUGGCCAUGGACCUGGCCAUGUGGUUGAACGACGGCUGCUUUGCCGUGCAAGCUGCAGUCAGCUGUUACGGCCUGUUAGCACCAAUGAUCUUCCAUCAGAUCACUUGCGACCAAGUAGUUCAGGUGUUGAAAAAAUGCUUGAUAGUUCUGGAGGAGAAUUCAGGACUCUUUAAACAAAAAGGGACUGGAAACACAUCAGAGUCAUUUAUGCACAUGAUAGCGUGCAUCACCUACUACCUGUCCAAGGCAUUACGUGUGCUCAGAGAGCAUCACAUGGCUUCUGUGGUGAUGGACUGUGGUCGCAGGCUGCUCCAAGAGGUCUACGAAGCCCAGCUGCAGAUCAGUGGACUUACCAAUAAAGCUGUGGGUAAAAAGGCAGAUCAUGCUGCAAUCAAGGCUGAAAUGAAGAUAGGUCUUCAACUGAAGGCUCUGUAUCAGAAAAACAAGAAAGAAUGCCCAUCUGAAGCAGCUCUCACAGAACACAAUGACAUUGCACGCCCACUGACUGGUUGUGAGGAUCCCACCAUAUUGUAUGAUCUGAUCUCUAACAGCCCCUUAAAGGAAGCUUAUCUGGACGUGAUGAAGCUCAGACGCAAGGUGUAUUUUAUUGAGUUUGCAGCACUUCUUCUCCAGAGAACCAUGGAAGAAGGCCAACCAGACCUUGUUCUGAAGUGGGGUCAAACCAUGUUUCAAUAUCUUAACAGGCGUGAGGGGGUGAUGGGACUGUCCUCAAAAUGUUUGGAGGGAAACAGUCCGAGCCGAAGAGGAAAUACUGCUCAGGCUCCGAAAGCAAAUGAACCAUCACAGCAGAACAAGAACACACCUUCACACAAUGAUGCACGAAAGAAACUGAAGCAGACAAUGCCACAGAGCAUGCUUCAGAGAGUGAAAACUAACAGGGAUAUGCAGGCUGUGGAGAACCUGCUAGCCAUGAUGUCGUCUGCGGUGCAACGCCAGAAGAAGCAGUUUCAGCUGAGGAACAUGUGCUGUGAGGAGAGAGUGUGGAAGUCUCACCUCAACCACAUCAUGGCUCAGGCACAUUUAGCUCUGCUUUACCAGGGCCUGGACACGCUGCAUGGAGGAGCCCUGCAGAACAGCUACGGGCAGUUUGAUCCCUUGUGUUUCUCUCUCGCUUACUCUGGUUUCCUGGUGUGGAGAAACUCGCAGCGACAACAGUCUUCUCAUCAUGAGAGUCUCAUAGAGAGAGAAUCCUCUCACUCCUCUCACAAGGAAUAUGUGGCUGCACACAAAGAGAGAAAUAAAAAGGAGGCAGUCAGAGGAGCUGACUCUGUUUCAGAGGAGAGUUGUAAGGAGGGAGAGGACUCCUCUCAAACUGUGGAAAAGCUGAUGCAGACACAGAGACGCACCGCUGCCUUGGUGCUGGAUUCACUUAACAAAGCUGCUUUACAUCUACGAAGGGCCAUGGUGUUGGCCCAUCGUGGCAGCCACUGGACUACUCUGCAGUGUGUGUGUCAGACUCUGUGGGAUCAAAGCUGCCGUAUCACUUUCCUAGUGCAUAGUGCUGCUCAGCUUGACCUACCUUCCCCCCUCCAGGACCAGCUGAACACCACCUUCACCCCACUGCUGCUGCUGGCUACUGACCUUAUCAUGGACAUGCUGAACAGACUUGGGCUGUGGAGUGCGUAUGACAGGGACUUGACUGAGGAUGAACUAGAGUCCAGUCUCCACUUCUCAGCCCCGCUGGAUAACAGAACUCAGGCGGACCUGCGUUGGGUUCGCACCCUGGUGCUGCACACUCUGGAGCGUCUCCAUGACAGUGGCCAAUGGGAAAGCCUGGCCCACUUUGCCUUAGUUUUUAACAAUUACACGCGGGAACGUUAUGCCUUGAUCGUAACUCCUCUAAUAGUCCUUGCUCAGAGAAAGCUUCUGGAAAGGAUAAGUUCCUUAAAAGGACCCACAGUCCCUCAACCACACCAUGUCAAGACCCAGAAGGCCACUGGCAAGGAGGUAACAUACAGAAGCUACGCAGACUCCCAGCUGCUCAUAGGGUGGAGCCCUCACCCUGCUCAGCAAACACCAAUUCAAAGAAAACUCAUUAACUCAAGUCCUCAAGACACAGCCGACCUUAAAGGUGCAGAGAUACAGCACUCCAUGUCCCUUGUGUGCGUCCCUCUGGAUGUAGAGGACACACUGAGCUGUUUCCGUCAAGCCCUGGAGAAAAGACCACACUGUCUUCAGGUCUUCCAGCAUAGUCGCUCCUUACUGCUGCAGCUCCUUGCAUACACAAAGCCCUGCUUUACGGCACAGUUGCAGCAGCAGUGUCAGAGCAGAACUCUCAGCCAUUCUACAAGCCUGGUUGAUUUCAUUCCUAAGCCGUCUCCAGACAUACAACCUUGCAAUCUGACCGAGGAGGACUACAGUUCCCCAAAUGCUCUCUACAGCCUCCCCAUCAGCCCUGACCACAUGCCCACAGUCUGUGCUGCAUACUCCGCCUCCAUUAAGUAUCUCCAGGCCAACAAUCAUGAAUCCCUCAGAGUUCUGGCGCUGCAUGAAAUGGGAAACCUACAGUUCUACAAUGGAAACACACGGGCAGCACACGCAUACUGGAGUAAAGCUGUAGACUGUGCCUUACAGAGCUCUGGUGCUGUAGAGAAAUGGGAUGGCGUGUCAGUUCAGGGUGGCUCCCUGCAGCAAACCCUGAACCAGGCUGGCAUUUGGGGAUGUCUACAGGCUGCUGUGCUAACUGCUAAGAUUGCACAGUACAUCUUAAGUGCUGCUGAUAUCAGCCAGCGUACGAAUUGCUGUCUCAUGUCUGCACACCUCUUUAAGUGUGUACUGUGUUGCUCCCUGGCUCAGCCCCAGGCCGACCUCCAGUACGCUUUUCACAGCAUUGGAGAGGAACUGCUCCCUGGAGCGGACCUUUUCUCUGAGCCUCACAGGGUUCCCCUCGGCUCCACUGUAACCAGCCUCAACUUCCUCUGCCACUGGCUCUACACCACAGGCCACUACAUCACGCUUCUGCCCAUACUAGCCCUUUACCUUCAUUUGGUUGGGUCUGUGUGCAGAGAUGUCCAGCGCACUAUUGAGGGCAAAAUACUAAAGAUGCGUGCCCUAACUCAACUGUGUCUGUUCACUGAAGCUGUAAAAGAGGCAGCUCAGAUCACACAAGGAACCGGGAUCCUUCUGCCUCAUGCACACUUUAUAACCAAAGACAAUCUCCAACUUGUGAAGACGUUCUACAGCAACAAGUCUCUCCUGAACAAUUCUGAGGCUUUGGAGGAAUUCAUAAACUGUGAAUUUACUCCAGAGAUCAGCACGCUGUAUGGAUCCACAUUGUGCCUCAGAUUCAAACUUGCUCGCACUCAACUAGUCCUGGCACUCAGUGACACCUUGCUUGGCCCUCCUGCUCCAGUGGACACUGAGGACUCCAGUCUGAAGACAGAAGAGCCAAAAGUGUUGACCUUUCAUUCCAAAAAGGAAAAGCUAACUCCAGAAACGAUGAAGUUCCUUUUGCUAGAAGUAGCAUCUUCCUGGUUGCACUCCAUCUCGCAGCAACUGAGCUCUCUGUCCUGUAGCGAAAUGGAGAUCCUGGAGCUGACGAUAGAGUCCAAACUUCUGAAGGCCAGCCUGUACCUGCAGCAAGGCAAUGCUGCAGAUAGUUCUGAGGUGGCAAUUUCCUCCUUUAUGCUGCUGCUGACGUCUCCUGUAAUCCUGAAAGGAAUCGAACCUGGCUCUCAGAAACCUGCGUCUGACAGACUGCACACCAGGACUGGGAGUGAACGGGCUACUCAGGAUUGCAGUGUUUCACACACACAGCAUGCAGACUCCCCUACAGCAGUGGGGGCCAGUGAGAGAGUUGGACCCCCUCUGUGGCUGCGCUGCCGCCUGGCUCUGGUCCGCAGCCUCACGUCACACAUCCCUGGCACUGCUGCCCCGUUGCCAGGUAAAAACAUCAAUGAGGAGGCGUCUCGGCUGUUACAGGAGGGUCUUGAUGAAUGUGCACUGUGGGGAGACAUUGAUAUUCAAGCCCUUUUGAUGGUGGAAGGUGCAGAACUGAAAGCAAAGAGAGGCAAGACCGAUGACAGCAUGGCUAUGUUGCAGGAAGCAGUGGCCCUGCUGUCCGGACACACAUCGAUGCCUCCAGGAUCCAGCCUGACUCUGGCUCGGGCCACUCUGCUGCUCAGCGACCUAAGAGGAGUACAGAGCAUCACACUUCUCAAACUGACACAGAAGCUACUUAAAAAGCAGCUAAGUGUUUUUGGUCAGAGAGUGGUGUUGGACGAUGGAAAAAUGCGCUUCCCUCCUCCUGGACCAAGCAACAUCUACCUCCCUUACCUCCACAUGCUGGAUCAGACCACAUUGCAAAUUGGUCAUAUUCUGGAUCUUAAUGCCAUGCAAAUACCAGACCCAGAGGCCCAGUCAUCACAAUCCACUUCCAGGCAGAGAUCACACCACUCCAGCCGGAUAGAGAGAGACUCUCCUGCAUCAGUUACAUCUCCGUCUCUAAACAGCCCGAACACAUCCAAUCCUACGAGCCCACCAUGCUCAGCCAGAUAGCCAGAGUACAUUAACAGCCAUAAUGUCGUGGAUAUAGGGCUGCACGCUCGGUAAUUAAAAGCAAAUAAUAAAUUGAACUGGAAUCUCUGGUUACACUUAAAAAUGCUGAACAAUGUAAAUGUAAGGAAUGUUUAUUCUGUUAUGGAUGAUUUUACCUACAGUAAUUUGUCAUUGCCUGGAAUAAAAAAAUAUGAUCCUGUGUAUUUAUAUUUAGGUCUCCAAUCUUAUGGUAUGUUCACUAGUAAAUUGGCAGUACAUGAAAUUAGAUAGAUAGGUAGAAGAGCUGUUAGAGUUGGGAAUAAACCAUUUUGAAGGCAAGUGUAACAUGUCCUUUUAACAUUAUGUCUGUAAACCAUUGCCUCUUUAAUAUUUUUACCUCUGGGUCAAAAACAAUUGUCCACAACAACAAAAAAUGUACUUUGUCACAAACUG